GUGCGAUUCGUCAAAAUUACCACGUGCUGUCGGAAGAAUUCGUAUACGCGAAAAAUCGAAUUUGAUUUUUUUCCGUCGAUCUCGAUCCACCAAGUGUGCGUCUUUACCCCUCUUCAAUCUGACGAAUCGGUAAGGUGACAUCGCCUUCGUUCGACCGCGGUAGGCACGGUAUACGUGAAUUGACCGCUCAGAGGGUCAGAGGAGCGCCAUAGUGAGCCAUAACGACUGUGCGGCACGAAUUGUGUUCCUAAUUUUGAGCAAGUCCACGGAAAAUUAACGAUUAAAAUAUGGCAAAUGAACCUGAUAUACCCACCUUCAAAUGCGUCCUAGUCGGCGAUGGUGGUACUGGCAAGACCACCUUUGUGAAACGGCACUUGACUGGUGAAUUUGAGAAGAAGUAUGUCGCCACUCUAGGAGUUGAGGUCCAUCCGUUGAUUUUUCACACUAAUCGUGGACCGAUCCGUUUCAACGUCUGGGAUACGGCUGGUCAAGAGAAAUUUGGCGGCCUUCGCGAUGGCUAUUAUAUUCAGGGUCAAUGUGCUGUAAUCAUGUUUGACGUUACAUCGAGGGUAACAUAUAAAAAUGUACCCAACUGGCAUAGGGAUCUGGUCCGUGUCUGUGAAAACAUCCCAAUUGUCCUUUGUGGUAAUAAAGUUGACAUUAAGGAUAGAAAAGUCAAGGCCAAGAGCAUUGUGUUUCAUAGGAAGAAGAACCUCCAGUACUACGAUAUCAGUGCAAAAAGUAAUUACAAUUUUGAGAAACCUUUUCUAUGGUUAGCGCGCAAGCUGAUUGGAGAUCCAAACCUCGAAUUUGUCGCUAUGCCUGCGCUGCUACCACCAGAAGUCACUAUGGACCCACAGUGGCAGCAACAAAUUGAGAAAGAUCUCAAAGAAGCUCAAGAGACAGCAUUACCAGAAGAUGAUGAAGAUCUUUAGUUUAUUUAACACAUUGGGGAUGGUCUUUACAGAGAGUAAGGCCUAUUAUGCGGGUGCUCCGUGGUUGUAUCAUGCACUCGUACAUCUUCAUAGAAGUCGAAGAUUCUUUCUUUAAGAAAAAUAUAAUUUACAUGCAAUAUUUCAUUCAAUGCUUUAUGCUGGGCACCCAACUUCUGUAAACUUGCAUGUUACAUGUAUAGCCUUAAAGACGGGUCGCUUGAAUACGUUAUAAUACGGAAUGAGCAACAUGUGUGUGACUGUGUAUGCGAUUUGCACUUGAAUGUCUAGAUUUUAUAAAAUUCUUAUGUAAUGGUGAUUAUCACGUAAAUUAGAAACAGAAUAAAGUAAUAGUGAAACUGUGGAAAUGACUUGUGAUACGAAUUCAUAGAACCCAGUUUGCUGAAGCUGAUGCAACGUAAUAUGAAACAACUGAGAAAUAAUUCAUUACAUUUUCUGAUUCGCUCGCGAUUUGUAUAGAUGUGCGUGCGUGCGUGUGUAUGUACAUAUAUACAUAAGAAAUGGAAUUGUGUAAGGCGUGCUGUAUAUUAAACACACAAUCACGCUAACCCACUUUAAGGCAUAUAAAAAGUAACAUCUCAUUUGUUUUUUUAUUUUCAGUUUACUUUCAUACUUUCCUAACACAAAGUCUAAGAUAAAAACUGCCAAUUCUGAAACGGAUAAAAUUGUGAGCAAAACUGCUGUCAGGUUUAAAUGCAGCAAAUAGAAAUGCACUGGUACCAAAUGCGUCUUUUUACAAGUCUAGAUACAUUCUCUGUAGCGAUUGGUUAAUCGGCCAAUCGCAAGAAAAGAUGCUCGGUGCAAGUCGCUUCAAUCUCGCUAUAAUAGAACAGGAUAACACGUUUGCUCUCGAUUAAAUGCAAA